CUGGUCCAUAACACAGCGUCACAAAUCUGAGCUCCAAUUCAGCGGAAGUCGUCAAAUAACGUAAGAGGCGUCGUGCACCCCUUCUAGCGGGACUGCUGAUCACUGAAACAAGUGUUGCGACUUUCUCAAAUAGCUGCUUUUUGUGACUAACUUAGAUAUGGCCCUUCAGACUGAAGCGGAUUUACCACCUGGCCUUGCAUGUUUUAAAAAUGUUGAUACCCUGCUUCGGUGUCCCAUUUGCUUCGACUUCCUCAAUAUUUCAAUGAUGACUAAAUGCUCUCACAAUUUUUGCUCCUUGUGCAUCAGAAAAUUUCUUUCCUAUAAGUUGCAGUGUCCAGUUUGCAAUACACAAGCAACAGAACAAGACCUAAGAAAUAACCGUUUAUUGGAUGACUUGGUCGUAAACUUUCAAGCUGCAAGGCAGCAGUUGUCAAAAGUAAAUUUUGACUCUCCUCCAAUAUCACCGAAGACCCCGGCUUCCGCUGUCAAAUGUAAAACCCCCAGAGAUAGGGGCCAGAAGUGUAACAGCUCUGUUUUGAGUCACUUUUUCCAGAAGAGGCCUAAAAUAUCUCCCACUAAAGCAACCAAGCAUUGUGUUCAGCUGGAGAAAAUAGAGACUACAUUCACCCCAAAUGCAAAUGACUUACAUUCAGCAACCGCUCAAGUUCCAGUGGCUGUGAAGGAAGAGCCGAUAGAUGUGGAGGAGGCCUCCAUCCAGGGUUUGAUGUCAGUCAAACAGGAGGACAUCGCCUCGUACAAUAUCAGCACUGGGGUUGAGAUAGCGCAUUCCUCAUCACCAUCACAAGAAGUAAAGCCUGUAAUCAAAGUGGAGUGCCCUGUGUGUUCUGUAAGUGUGCCACAGCAGUUUAUCAACAAGCAUCUGGACAUGUGUCUGACCAGAGGAGAGAAGAAGGAAAGCUUGAGGAGCUCCCUUGGCAAGGCGAGGCGUCCAAUGGGGAAGCUUGUGUACAACCUGCUUUCCCUGCAGGAGCUGAAGAGGAGGCUGAAGGAAUGCCACCUCUCAGUGCUGGGUUCUCGAGACCAGCUGAUCAAAAGACACCGGGAGUUUGUCCACAUAUACAAUGCUCAGUGUGAUUCUCUAAACCCAAAAUCAGCUGAAGAUAUUGCCAAAGAGCUGGAGGCCAAUGAGAAGAUCAGGAAUCAGCUGCAGGGGAAAGCCAAACCUGUCAUGGUUUUCUCAAAGAGUCUGUCUGAGAAGGAAAUUGAUGAGAUGCAUUCAAAUUACAGGAAGCAGCACAGCAGCGACUUUUCCCGCCUGAUUGCCCAGGUUCGGGGUCGCCUAGAGACCACCCGACAGACUUGUAUCAAACAGAAAGUCAUUGUGGAAGGAGAGGAUACACAAAAAACACACUUUGCAGAUGAAGUUGAAGAAUCAAAAAGUUGCUUUGUGAUGAAGUUAGAAGACGGAGAAACUGAUGAUGAGCCAUCUGCGGAAGGGAUCGAAAUGUCACCCAGCCCCUCUGAUAGUGACGUGUCCAUCAGCAGUUCUAUUUCAGACAUCUUUGGUCCAGAGCCUGCCAGAAACUUCGAAGACACAGAGAGGACCUCAGUCCAAAAGCAAGCAUCCAGGUUGAGACGAGAUGAUGCAGCUUCAUCGACUUCCCUCGGAAAACGGCGGCGUAAAACGUAAUGAGAGAUGGAGGAGACCAAGAAAGAUCUCUCGCCCACCAAAUCAACACCAAUACACUUUUGACUGACUUUCAAGCAUAUCAAGAUUUUUUAUUUUUUUUUGCACAUUCCUGUUCGGUAUUUCAUGGGAUUUUCCAAAGUUGCACUGUUAAUGUGUCAUGGUAUGAAUAAAUGUUCAGUAUUUUAA